AGCGCGGCCGGGAUGGAGCGGGAGGGCGGCGGCCCGGGGCCCCCCGCGCCCCACGAGCCCAUCAGCUUCGGCAUCGACCAGAUCCUGGGCGGCCCCGAGCCCACGGGGCCGCACCGGGCGGCGACAGAGCCCGACUACGGGCUCUACGGCAGCGGCUACGGCCCCACCGGUCCGCUCGGCUCCUACAACCUCAACAUGAGCAUGAACGUGAGCGUGAACGUGACCCCCGCGCCCGCCGCGCCGCCCGCCGGAGUCAUCCGCGUCCCGGCGCACCGGCCCGCGCCCGCUCCGCCGCCCGCCGCGCCCGCCGCGCCGCCGCCGGGGCCCGCGCUGCCGGGACUCACCUUCCCGUGGAUGGAGACCACGCGCCGCAUCGCCAAGGACCGGCUCUCAGCCGCGCUGUCGCCCUUCGCGGUGACGCGGCGCAUCGGGCACCCGUACCAGAACCGCACGCCGCCCAAGCGCAAGAAGCCGCGCACGUCCUUCUCCCGGGUGCAGAUCUGCGAGCUGGAGAAGCGCUUCCACCGCCAGAAGUACCUGGCCUCGGCCGAGCGUGCCACCCUGGCCAAGGCCCUCAAGAUGACAGACGCCCAGGUCAAGACCUGGUUCCAGAACCGCCGCACCAAGUGGAGGCGUCAGACGGCGGAGGAGCGCGAGGCCGAGCGGCAGCAGGCCAACCGGCUGAUGCUGCACCUGCAGCAGGAGGCUUUCCAGAAGAGCCUGGCGCAGCCGCUGCCGCAGGACCCGCUCUGCAUGCACAACUCCUCGCUCUACGCCCUGCAGAACCUCCAGCCCUGGGCCGAGGACAACAAGGUGACGUCGGUCUCUGGGGUGGCCUCUGUGGUGUGAGGG